AUGUCAUCCCAAGGUCUGGAGCCUUCCCUGAGAAAUGUUAUUGAGCAAACAACUCUCAAAUGGAUUUUUGUUGGUGGAAAGGGAGGGGUUGGAAAGACUACUUGCAGUUGUUCAUUGGCUGCUCAGUUAGCUAAGGUUCGGAGGAACGUUUUGCUCAUCUCCACCGAUCCUGCUCACAACAUCUCCGAUGCCUUCAAUCAGAAGUUCAGCAAGAACCCUCAACUUGUCAAUGGCUUCGAAAACUUAUAUGCCUUGGAAAUCGACUCCAACAUAAGUUCCGAAAGUUCCUCAAUCCCUGCUCUCAGUUCACUCACUGAAGGUGGAGGUUUUCCAGGAAUGAACAAAGAGUUCCUUCAGAACAUGAUGGGUGGUCUCCCAGGAAUAGAUGAAGCUAUGAGUUUUUCAGAAAUGAUCAGAUUGAUCAACUCAAUGGAUUUUGAUGUUGUCGUGUUCGACACUGCCCCCACUGGACAUACACUCCGUUUAUUGCAAUUCCCAACACUGAUUGAAGCAGCUUUCUCCAAAAUCAUUUCUCUCCAAAGUUCACUUGGACCAAUGAUUGGUCAACUCUCUGGUGUUCUGGGAAUGGGAGAGAUGAAUAUUGACGAGACGAUGAAGAAAAUCAAUGAAACCAUGGAAUUAGUUCAAAGAAUCAAUGUGCAAUUUAAAGAUCCUGAUGUUACCACUUUCGUUUGUGUUUGUAUUGCUGAGUUCCUCUCGCUCUAUGAAACUGAACGUCUGAUUCAGGAACUUACUAAACAAGGAAUCGAUACUCAUAAUAUUGUUGUGAAUCAACUGCUCUAUCCUGACAAAGACAGUGAAGGAUGUGUGCAAUGUAAGAAGUGCAAAUCGCGCUUCAAUAUUCAGUCAAAAUAUUUGGAACAGAUUGCUGAUCUCUACGAAGAUUUUCAUGUAACCAAAUUGCCUUUACUAGAGAGAGAAGUACGUGGGUCAGAUCAAAUAUCUGAGUUCAGCCAAAACCUCUUCAAGCCUUAUACUGCACCUUAA